AUGGACAGGCUCAUAAGGUUAGAGCCAUCAAACACGAUCCUGAUCAGAGUAGAACCAGGCCAAAAGUGCCAAGGCAAAAUCACCCUACACAACGUCAUGCACACAAUGCCAGUGGCCUUCAGGCUUCAACCCCUCAUCAAAACCCGUUACACAGUGAAGCCCCACUCAGGUAUUAUCUCCCCCUUAGCCACACUCACAGUGGAAAUCAGCUACCAUAUAGGCUCCACCACCUCCCAGUUGGGAAUCCAACACUCCCUCCCUCACUCCUUCCCUCACUCCAACGACUCCUUCCUCCUACACAGCGUCUUGGUUCCCGGAGCUGCCAUCAGGGAACCCUCCUCCAUGUUCGACGCCGUGCCCUCCGACUGGUUCAAGAAAAAACAAGUCUUCAUUGACAGUGGCAUAAAUGUCAUGUUUUUAGGGUCACACAUUCUGGCCCAGUUGGUCUCUCUCGGCGAAAUCGACGACGUGAGGGAAGCCCUAGAGAGAAGCGACCCUUUAUGGAGGGUUGUGAACAGCACCGACCCACGUGGCCAGACGUUGCUCCACUUGGCGAUUGCGCGGGGAAGAGCUGAUAUUGUUCAACUGCUUCUGGAGUUCGAGGCUGAUACCGAGGCAAUGAACCAUUCUGGGAUGACCCCUCUUGAGGCGGCGGCGGCGUGCAACGAAGCGUUGAUCGUGGAGCUUCUUCUGGCCCGCCGGGCCAACACCGAGCGAGCGGAAUCUGCCAUGUUCGGGCCUAUUCAUCACGCGGCCAGAGGAGGACACGUGGAGGUCUUGAGACUGCUCUUGCUCAAAGGCGCCAAAGUGGACUCCCUCACGAAAGAUGCCAACACGGCGUUGCACGUUGCGGUUGAGGAGCGUAGAAGAGAUUGUGUUAGACUCCUUUUGGCCAACAGUGCCAGAGCUGACAUCAAGAACGCAAGAGAAGGUGACACCCCUCUACACGUGGCAGCAGCCGCAGGAGACGAGAGCAUUGUGAAACUCCUGCUGCAAAAGAGCGGUGCUCACAAAGACAUUCGAAACGCGCAAGGCAAAAUCGCGUACGACGUCGCGGUGGAGAACGGCCACGCACGCCUCUUCGACGCCCUGUGUCUGGCCGACAAGUUAUGCGUGGCGGCAAGGAAAGGCGAGGCGAGAAGCAUCCAGAAGCUUCUCGAGAAUGGAGCGGACCUCAACGGGAGGGACCAGCACGGUUGGACCGCGCUGCACCGAGCCUCGUUGAAGGGGCGAAUCGACGCAGUGAAGGUUCUGGUGGAGAGAGAGGUGGAGGUGGACGCGAAGGACGAAGACGGGUACACGGCGCUGCAUUGUGCGGCGGAGGCAGGACACGCCGACGUGACGGAGUUUCUGGUGAAGAAAGGUGCGGAUGUUGAGGCGAGGACUGGGAGGGGUUUGAGCGCGUUGCAGAUAGCGGAGUCGUUGCACUACGUCGGGAUCACGAGAGUUCUUGUUAACGGUGGGGCUAGUAGGGAAAAUUCUGGUCAAGUGGGUGCAUUUGGUACAAUUGCAUUUAGGAGUAAGAUAAUGGAAAAGGAUGGUGUUGUGAAGAAGAGGAGGGGUGGUGACAGAGGUAAUAACAGAGUGUUGAAUAAUGGUGGUCGGUUUGUUCGUUCAGUGGCUCCGGCUAUGCGCUAG